AUGCUUACAGGUUCAACCACUAGGAGUUUCUUGGAACUUAAAGCUGCGAACUUCCCCAAAAGACCAGUUCUAGGGUUCAGAGGAAAUAGGCUUCAAAUUUCUGGUGCAAGAUUCUGUCUGAAGAACAAAGUUUCCUGCAAACUUACUGAGUUAAGAAAUGAUUUGAGCUCAUCAAAGGAACUUGAAAAGAUUAAACCCUUGGUUAAGAUGUGCGGCAUUACAUCAGCUAAAGAUGCUGCAAUGGCGGCCGAAGCUGGUGCAAACUUUAUUGGAAUGAUCGUGUGGCCAAACUCAAAACGUUCUGUUUCACUUUCUGUUGCAAAGGAGAUAUCAAAAGUUGCAAGAGAUUAUGGGGCAGAGCCAGUUGGAGUAUUUGUGGAUGAUGAUGCAGAAACAAUACUAAGAGCUUCCGCUGCAUCAAAUCUUGAGUUUGUGCAGCUUCAUGGAUCUGGUUCGCGGGCAGCUUUCUCAUCUUUAAUUCAGGAAAAUCGGGUAAUUUAUGUUCUCCAUGCAAAUGGGGAUGGGAGUCUUUUAAACACAAUUCCUGAUGAAGAGGGUUCUCUUGUUGAUUGGGUUCUGGUAGAUAGUACAAAGGGUGGCAGUGGCGAAGCAUUCGAUUGGGCCCAGUUUAAAUUACCAAAAAUUAGAAGCAAAUAUGGUUGGCUAUUAGCAGGAGGAAUCAAUCCUCAGAACGUCGGUGAGGCUCUGUCUAGUCUCAAACCCCAAGGGGUGGAUGUCAGUAGCGGCAUAUGUGCAUCAGAUGGCAUCCAGAAGGAUCAAUCAAGAAUAACUUCCUUCAUGGAUGCAGUACAUUCUGUUCAGUAUUGA